CCGGCGCGGACGGAGGAUGUCGUCGGGGAUGCGCUGCCCUGGCCGCCUGGGGACGAGGUCCCCGGCUGCCCCAACUGCCCGCGCUCCCGCCUCGACUACCCUCCACCCCGCCGCCACUACCACCCCUCCCUCCGCCCCUCUUUCACCACAGCCCAGCCCCGAUCGCGCCCUCGAGCACGCCUUCUUCGCCUACAUCUGCGUCCUGGGCCACGCCCACCGGUCUCCCGACAUCGCCCUCGCCCUCGCCUGGAUGCGCGCCCUGCGCGUCCGCCCCCGGCCGCGCACCCUCGCCGUCGCGCUCGCGCUGUGGGCCGAGGUCGCAAUGGAGGCGCCGCUGGUGCAGCGCAUGAGCCGCGGGGACGAGUACGCGCGGCUGGAGGCGUGGAUCGAGCAGUGGGCGCGGGAGGCGGGGUUCAGGGUGCCUGAAGCGAGGAGCCUGAGCAAGUGGAGGCGGUGGCUGGAGAAGCAGAGGGGGGAAUGAGGGGUAGGGGAAGGUGGCAACGGUAGAUAAAGAGAUAUGCGUUGCAUAGCCUACAUUCAGGAAAAGUACUUACGCUGAGAUAAUUUGC